AUGACCACUGUUGGUAAACAAGAAUUUGAGUUAAGUCAAGGUUUUUUCCAAUUACUUGCUGAGGAACGUAUAGAUGGUGUCAAGCCAGUACUUCAAAUAAUGAACAGUCGUUUUACGAACGAUGGAUCCAGUAUUCGCCUUCGUCUCAAUGAUGGUUCAUUUUCUUAUGCAACUGUUCUUGUAAGAGAUGAGGGUCUUGAAAAAUUUAAGACAUUUGGGAUGGAUAAAUCUCAAUCUAUAAUUAGACUACUUGAUUAUUGCUCAAAUGCAACCAUGAAAGAUGGUUUAAGAAGAAUGCAUUUAACAAUAAGGGACUUUGAAUUAAUUUCAAAAGAAUCUCCAAUAAUUGGGACUCCUGUGCCUCAUUCAGGGAAUGCUGAAGAACAUGCAGGAUUCAAAAUUCCAAAUAUGACUCAGGCGCCGUUAAAAGAGUCUAAUUCUCAUGUUCCAUCAUAUGGAGUUAGUAAAAAUACUAAACCUGUAAAAAGCGAAUGUUCAUCUAAUGAUUCUUCUAUUGUACCAAUACUAUCUAUUAGUCCUUAUUUAAUGCAAUGGAAGAUUUGUGGUGUUAUUACGGAUAAAUCAACUUUACGUGAAAUCAACACACCAAAAGGACCUAGUAAAGUAUUUAAUUUCUCCAUUGCAGACAAGGAAGGAACUGAGAUAAAAGUAUCGUGUUUUGCGGAGGCAGCCACUCAAUUAUUUGAUCUAGUUAAUUUAUCCGAAUCAUAUAUAAUCAAAGGAAACAAUAAGGCUAUUAAGACAUCAAAUAAGCGAUUUAAUACCACAGGACAUGAGUAUGAAAUAUCAAUGAGAAAUGAUGUUGAAAUAACUAAAUGUGAAGAUAAAUUACCCGUACCCUCUCAAAAGAUUGAUCUUGUUCAUCUUUCAAAAAUAAAGUCACAUACUGGUGAAUGGAUUGAUGUAAUUGCCAUAAUAGAUACAAUGGAUGAAACCGCUGAUGUUUCCACUAAAAAUGGAAUGAGACGAAGAAAGACGCUUAAUCUUUUGGAUAGAUCUGCUGUUUUGGUACAAUUAACUAUUUGGGGUGAAUAUUGUGAUGAAUUCACACCUGAUAUGUUGCAUAAACCUGUUAUUUUAAAGAAUGUUUUAGUUAACGAGUUUAAUGGAAAUUGUGGAUUAGUGUUUAGUUUUAAGUCGAAGAUUAUUCCGUCCGAUGAUGAUGAAGGUAUUCAAAGUCUUCUCAAUUGGUAUUUGGAAGAGCGUGGAACCAUUCAAAUCACUGCACCACAAACAACCACUAAUGCUCCUGGUUUUUCACGUAAUUUAACAAUCCAUGCUGCACUUAUUGCUAGUAGUAAGAACAAGGAUGCGGGAUAUUUCCAUGUGGUUGGUAGAAUAUCAAGAUUUAAAGAAGGUUUAGUUUACACAGCUUGUGCUCAAAAAGAUUGUAAAAAAAAAGUUGUCUCUCAGGAAGGACAGUUCUAUUGUUCAAAGUGUGGUGGUGAUCCAACAAGCAGCUUUAAAUAUUGUUUUUUGGUAUCUUUUGAAAUUUAUGAUCAUAGUGGAAGUCAUUGGUUGACAAUGUUUGAUGCUGGAGCAGAGAAUUUGUUGAAAAAAUCAGCCGCUGAGGUUGGUGAGAUUUUACAAACGCAUGGGGAUAUUGAUGGUCAUAACAUGGUUGUUGGAAGUCUUUUAAAUUCCAUUCAUAAUUUUAACAUUAAAAGUAGGGUUGAAAUUUACAACGAGAUUGAAACUACUAGGUGGAGUGCUUUUGAAGCGAAGCCUCUCGACUUAACGAAAUAUGUAGAUUAUCUUCGUUCUGUAAUUACUGAGGCUGAAGAUGCCUGUGUUAAAUUUGGUCAUUAA